UUUUUUAUGAGAAUGUUUUACAUUGCAGUGUACUCGUAUAUAUAAACUAAAUGUAUACUUUUAUUAGAAACAUGAACUAACAUGCACCAUACAGCAGUAGAAAAUGUAUAAAAGGCUGAUCCGCCCAAACAGGAUCCUGAUAUCACUUUUAAUAUGCCAGGAUAAGACAUUAUUUACUCUGUAACCUGCUGUUGCUGCCAAAAUUCUUGCAGUACAGUGCAGCCUAAUUCUGACAGUGGGUGGGGUGUUGGGAUAAAAAGCAGAGGCUUUGCAUUGCUUGGACUGAAGUAAGCUUUGGUAAGACUCUGCUGGAAAGCUUGUAGCUGCUGCAGAAUCAUGGUUAAAGCAAAGGUCUGGAUCCUGAGGAAGCAUUUCGAUGGAUUUCCAAAGGAAAGUGACUUUCAGAUGAAAGAGGAGACCCUUCCUGAGGUCAAAGAUGGAGAGGUCAUGCUGGAAGCAAUCUUCCUCAGUCUUGAUCCAUAUAUGAGGGCUGUGAGUAAGGCACUAAUGAAAGAAGGUGAUGUUCAGUUAGGAGCUCAGGUGGCCAAGGUGAUUCAGAGUAAGAAUCGGGCGUAUCCUGUGGGCUGUUACGUGCUUGCUCCAUGUGGAUGGAGGACACACACUGUGACCAAUGGAAAAGCAAUCUUUGGUCAGAACAUGGCUCGUGUUCUUCCUGAUUGGCCCAAAGACAUUCCACUUUCAAUGGCUAUUGGUGCUCUAGGGAUGCCUGGUCUGACGGCUCUGUACGGUCUGGAGGAGGUGCUGCAGGUGAAGCCGGGUGAGAUUGUGCUGGUGAGCGCAGCAGCAGGAGCCGUGGGCACCAUGGUGGGGCAGAUCUGUAAGAUUAAAGGCUGUAAAGUGGUGGGAUCUGCAGGAAGUGAAGAAAAAAUGGCCUAUCUGAAAGAGCUUGGAUUUGACCACGUCUUUAACUACAGAACUGUGUCUUCUCUGGAUGAAGCACUGAAGGAGGCGUCACCUGAGGGAUACGACUGCUACUUUGAAAAUGUGGGAGGGCCAUUCUUCACUGCAGCUCUGAAUCAGAUGAGGAUUGGGGGACGCAUUGCUGUGUGUGGAGCAAUCUCACUGUACAAUGCCACCACACCUCAGAUGUGUCCAUACCCCCACAUGACUCUACUGUCCCGCAAAAUUAGAAUAGAGGGCUUCCAAGUCGAUCAGUGGCCCGAUAAGGACGAGGCGUCUAUCAGAAGAUUGGUCAAGUGGAUGAAGGAGGGGAAGAUAAAGGCAAAGGAAAAAAUCACUGAAGGCUUUGAGAACAUGCCCGCUGCAUUUAUCCGCAUGCUGAAAGGAACAGACCUGGGAAAAGCUGUCGUUAAAGUGUAGUGACCUUUUUGUUUACAGAAAUAUUUUAUAAUCGUCAUUUGAAUAUAAAUGGUCGAAUCCCAAGUCUUGUUGUUUUAGCAUGUAAAGUAUGAAACUAAGACAGCUAAAUAAUAAAAGCAUUAUUUUUGUGGCAAAAUAGUA